CCCCAUCCAGGAAAAGCUCAGUGUGUUUGUGAAUUUGACUUGUACAACUCUGCCACAGACUUGUCGCAGUGAGGCACUGUGCUCGCAAACUGGUGAUAAACGCAACGUGGUGGCUUCAACAUCAUGGAUCCACGAGAAAACGAGACGGGAAUGAGCGAGGCGCUUCAAGAGGGCGAAGAUGAAAUUGAGUUUCGAUUUUCAGACUACAAUCAGAGAGUCACCGUAGCCUUUAUCUAUUUCAUCAUUUCCAUCUUGGGGAGCUUUGGCAAUGCGAUGGUCAUCCUCGCCGUCUGCUUGUCUCACCGCCUUCGGACUAUCACCAAUGUUUUCGUGGUUAGCUUGAGCGUCGCCGACAUGCUCACCUGCGUGGUCCUGCCGUUCAACGCUGCCAACCUCCUGGACUCCGAUCUCGACUCCUCCCUACUCCCAGAGUGGAUCUGCAAGGCCGUGGCAAUGGUCCUGUACGUCUGCGGAGGCUGCAGCCUUUACACCCUCGCAGCCAUUGCCAUUAACCGGUACAUCCUCAUCACCAAGCCGGUCCGGACUUAUCGGAGCCUGUACUCGAGACGUAAAACGGCUGUCAUGGUCGCCGUGACGUGGUUCGUGCCGUUCCUGGUCGCAUUCGUCCCACCUUUGUUCGGUCUUGGUGAACUCGGCUACGCUGAAAAGUAUGGAGGCUGCACCCAUAAGACAAGCAACCCCCUGUCUCACAUCUACAGCAUAGUCCAGGCUGUUCUAUUCUAUCCGGGACCAAUGACAAUCAUCAUUAUUUGCUACGUGAAAAUCUUCCGAUAUGUGCAGCGGCACUGUCGGCAGCUGGCAUCUUCCCAUGCCGGAGGAUCCCUCUCGUCCGUUCGCAAAGGUGACACCAACUCAGAUGGUAACCCUAACGGUCCCUGCAAACUGGAGCAACAGUUGGCAAGCCGUAAGCAGAUUAACAUCACCAAGAACCUCUUUUGUGUGGUGCUGGCCUUUGCCAUCUGCGUGUCACCGUUCGGCAUAGCCUUAAUGAUACCGCCGAGCGAUCCCUUCAUCCCCUGGGCAGCCGCCAUCUUGGUCCUCAACAGCUGCGUCAACCCAAUCAUAUACGCUACCAAGCACCCACACUUCAGGGACGUGUUUCGUCUUAUGUUACGUUGCCAGUGCUCUACGAUACGCCCGAAAAACAAUUUUGUAAGACGGAAUGUUAUCAGGCGAAGAUAGCCAUUCAUAUUUAAUCCUUAUUAAUUGUAAUAAUCUAAAAGCUAAUUCUAAUUGCCAUACAAAUCAAACACAGUUCCAAAAUUCACGCGAUACCGAUGGUUAAUAGGGCGAUUAGACUUUUUGCUGCCGAAGGUUGUAUUACAUAGAAGAAAAAAUGCAUUAUUUACGAACGUCAAUAGUCAAUCAGAUUUAUGGCAUUAUUCACAAGUCGGGCUCAUUGAAUUAGAAGCGACUCCGAACCAAAGAACAGAGACGAAAGCAAUGAAAUAAGUUUCGUUAUUCAACAAAUGUCAUAUAUCUUGAUUAUUUCAAAUUUUGGGUUAAUAUAUCUUAAGUGUUUUAGGCAACAGUUUCAAACAACGAACCCAAAAUAGUCUGGCAUCAUCCCCCAUUCAAUAGGAUAGAUUCUGGGGAAAAAUUCAAGAAUGCCUCCCCCGUGAACACAUUCAUUUAGAGUUGUUAACAAAAUUUACCCCCGAUGAAUAUGAAUUUAUAUUGCAUUAUGUACCCAUUCUACUGCGUCUAUAAAAUGUAGUCAGCUGAAAAAUAGACUUUUUCAAGAAAAAAUGUUAAAAUUGUAAUUAUACUAGCCACGACAUAAGAAACUAUACAAAAAAAAGAAAAACAAAAUAAAAUACAACGAAAUGUGCAUGUACAUGCAUGUGUGUGAUGUUUAUUGGUCAG